AUGGCUGCGCGGCGCAGCGACUCGGCGUACCAGACGCUGCGGCGCCUCCUGCUCGCGCCGCCGGCGAAUCGGCAGCACAUUGACCUGAUCGACCGCCCUGCGCUCUAUGGCGCGAUCGGACACUACCUCUCGGACAUGGCGCUCGUGAACGUCUCCGAGUUUGCCACCGCGCUCGUGACGUCGCCGGCGCUCUGGACAGCGCCGCCCCGGCCGGACGACGACAUGCGCGAUGCCGUCGAGCGCUCGCACGGCGUCGCGCAGGCCCUUGCCCUGGCCGUCUCGGAGCGCAUCGCCGUGAUCUCGCGCGCCAUCGGCACGACACGGCCCCGCGCUGCGGCGUCGGAGCUGGGCGCGUGGAUCGAUGCCGUCCUGCACGGCGCCGACGCUGGCAUGGCGUUCGCGACGCCGCGCACGCGCAUCGCACACCUCGCGCUCGUCACUGGGCUCGUCCAGGGCCUUGCGCAUGAGCGCCGAGACCCUGCGUCGCCUGCGCCGGCCCUGCGCUUCCGCGUGCGCCAGCACGCGCGCACGCUCGAGACGGCGUGGGCCGCCGCGCUCGUCGCUGCGCUGACGCCGUCGACGCGCUGGGACGCGGAGGGGCGCGUGGACUCGGCUGCCCGGGCCGCUGCGCUGACGCUCAGUGCGAGCGUCGUCGACAUUCUCCCUGAUGCGUGCCGGCAGGCCCUGGACGACCGCGUGUGGAUCGACGCGGCGCUGCCGCUGCUCGUGCAGGUGUUUGACGCCCGUGACGUGGCGUCCUCGCUCUUCCACGACGCCGCCGAGGCGGACGGGCUCGUGGCACUGCCGCCCGAUGGCGUGAGUGCCGCGUGGGCCGCGCGCGUGCAGGCGCACCCCCUGUACGCGCAUGCGGGGCCGCUCUCGCGCCUGCUGGCCGCGCCGCUGCGGCGCCUCGGCGCCUCGUGCAGUGCGGCCGACUGGGCCGCGUUCCUGGCCGAGGACCAGCGUGGUCUUCUCCCCGUCCUGCGUGCGAUGAGCGGGGCCCUCGACGGGGCGUGGACCUCGUCCGCGCUCGCGGGCGUGCGCAGCGACGGCCUGGCGCCCACCACGCGCCCGACCACGAAGCAGCUAUGGGAGAUCUUCAAGCGGUUCCUCUUUGCGGUGACGCUGCUCUUCGACGCGGUCGUGGGCGUCGUCGUGGAGCAGUGUGCAUCGGCGGGCACGCCGGGCGCGGCGCUGUCGUUGCGCGCGCGAUACGUCCCUGCGCCGUACCUUGCUGUGCUCAGCGAGGUGCUACACGUCUAUGCGUCGCUGUACUUUAUCACCUCGUCGUUCAGCCUCGAUGGCUUCGAGUCGUACCGCGUCGUGUUCUAUUCCGCCCUCGACGUGCAGAGCCGCGACGCGGAGGCGUGCGAGGAGCUGGUCCGCCGUCUCGCGCGCACGCUGCUUGCGUACGAUGGCGCCGGGCGGCCGGCGCGCGCCGCGGCGCAGGCCGAUCUCGCGGAGCGCAUCCACGUCACGUACCUGCUCCUCGUGGUGGAGCAGCUCGUGGCGGAGCUGCCGGCGCCGAUGAUCGACGGCCUCGUGCUGCCGCUGUGCCGCCCGUACCUGGAGGACACGCGCUUCCAGGAUGCGUUCGAAUCGGCGCAUGCGGUGGUGCUGGCGCUCUAUGCGGCGCAGGCGCCCAGCACGCCGGCCCUGACGCCGUUCUACGUGGAGCUUCUGCUGGCGAGCUGCCCGGCGCGGCUGAGCGCGGCGCAGCUCGAGACGGCCCUCAUGACGGUCGUCGGCUCGCUGUCGAGUCGCAGCGACUCGCUGGCGUGGUGGUGUGUCGAGCAAGUCGACGCCGCGCGCCGCGGCGCCGAGGCGCAGCGCGACGCGGCGCAGGCGCAGACGCUCGCGCGGUGCCUCGCGGCGCUGGUGCCGCACGUGAACCUCGUGCUGCUGCGCUCACUCCUGGCCCGGGUGCGCGAGUGCAUUCUGGCGCGCCCGGCCGCGAGUGCGGCGCGCACCGAGAUCCUGGAGCGCGUGCACGAGAGCCUGGGCGAUAUGGACGCGGCGACGCGGGGCGAGGCGAUGCAGUGGUGGCUGCAGGAGAGCCCGCUGUUCACCGAGGGUCUUUCGUAG